AUUUUUUUUUUUUACUAUCCGCCAGUUUCUACAAGGGUUCCGAGAUGUAAGGAAAGUUUUAUAAGCGUCGGGGAAUGGUGUUUCUCGUUCCAUCUUCAAGGUGCCUCUUUUCCAAAAUCUCAAGAGAUUUGUAACGAGAUUGGAGGAGAAAUGGUAGUUUUAGAUUCCGAGGAAAAAGAAAACAUGCUUACUGAGUAUAUGGAAGCUGAAGGUUUCACAUACAAGCUGGCGGUACAAAAUCGAGAGGACCUGUUGAAAUCACACCAAAGGAAGACAAUCGCAGAUAAACAUGGUGAAAGAUUUUGUGACUUUUACAAGAAAUAUAGCGAGGUGAAAUCAACAGAGGAAUUAUAUACUCCCAAUGCAAAGAUUCCCGUGACCUUUAAUGAAUACGACCGGGCCAACUUAACAACACCCCUCGGUUUCUCUGUCAAGCUAUCUUCUAUCCCCAAUGCAGGACUAGGAGCAUGGGCGACAACUGGUGUCCCUAUUUAUAACGUUCUGGGUGUUUAUGAAGGAGAAGAAUUCUUUGACGAUAGCGAAUAUUUGUAUGGAUGGACACUGAACGUUGACGAUGAACAUGCGAUGACACAUUUUGUGGAUGGUGCCUCCCCGGCCAAAAGUAACUGGUUGCGAUAUUUAAACUGUGCCAGGAAUGACAAGGAGGAAAAGGUUAAUGUUGUACUGUGUGAUGAUUUAGUAUUUUACAUGACGUCAAGAGAUGUGGCGCCAAAUACAGAGUUACUCAUGUGGUACGGCACAUGGUAUGGCAAGAAAUUUGGAAUCAGAAGGGUGCACCCAGAAGAUGAUCUUGAUCUUGAUGAUGCUUUCUAUAUUCGUGUAAGCAGCUUAAGACAAGAUUUCCCUGGUAAAUAUAGUUUCCAUGACAAUUCUACUGCAACAUACACCAACUGGAUUCCAAAGAAAUAUAACAGACUUCGAGAACGAGAAUAUUGGCGAGACGUUGAGGAACCUUUUGGAUUAUUACUUUCGUAUUUAGACGGACAAUGGAACUGGGUUCCCGAAAAAGAUUAUUCGUACUUCACUGAUAAAUCGGUUGCCAUGGCAGAUUUUGGUGGGACAUGGCAGGACAAUGGUCAAAAUCAUGGUGACCAGAUGGAUUUGUGUGAAGAGCUUUUGGAGGCCAUUUGGUUCAACAAACUUGAUGAAGUCUCAAAACUGAUUGAAGAUGGUGCUGAUAUUAAUAAGAUAAGAAUGGUUUUUCAAGAUGAACCUAUUUCUCCCUUAAGCUUAGCAUGUAAAAUGGGACAUGUAGAUAUUGUGAAAAUCCUCACUCAAAGGAAAGCUGAUUUGAAUAUGUCAGGCCAUGAUGGGAAGACUGCCAUGCACUAUACAUGUGAAGGAGAUGAGCGAAGGGAUGAAAAGAGGGAGCAUUUAUUGGAGAUUUUGGGCUUUCUGAUUAAAAAUGGUGCUAAUAUGGAGGCCAUGAACAAUAUGGGAUGUACUCCACUGUUUUCUGCUUGUGAGGCGGAUGAUGUGGAUAUGGUGAAACUCUUGGUUCAGUCCUGCUGUGAAGUGAGUGUACAAUCAGUGAAUGGGGAUUCCCCCAUGAAAGUUGCAUGCAGGAAUGCCAAGUUCUGGACUUACUGGCACAGUAGGGAAAUGUCAAUGAGCAGUGCACAAAGUAACCCAAAUAAUUUUCCACCAGUUCAGAUUACCAAGGUAUUACUGCAUGCUAAUGCAGAUAUCUCAGAAGCCACCCUUCUUCCCACUGCUGUGCAGUUUGGUGACCUAAAACUUGUCAAAGAACUAAUUGAUCUAGGUAUGGAUAUUAAUAUGCUGGAUGACAAUAUGUGUACGCCCCUUGGUUCAGCAUGUACAUGUGUGAAUGUGAAAACAGAGGUAGUAAAAUUGCUUCUUGAUUGUGGUGCUGACAUCAAUAGAGGAGGUGGAUGGAGGAAGCAAAAACCAAUUAUCUUUGCCUAUGUCCAUAACUCUGUGGAUAAAAUCAAACUUUUGCUGUCUUACGGAGCCACAUUAACAAGGGAAGAAAUGACAAAUUUAGUGUCACUCUCAUUUUCAAAAUCAAUUCUGGAAAAUCCUGAAGUCAUAACCCCAUGGAGCAAAGAGCUUAUGUCAUGGAACUUGUUACUGGCGGCAGGAUUCAUUCCUAUCGAUAAUGAUCCAGUUCUUGCCAAUAAACUGGACCAACUACGCCUGUGCAGCAGUUUUGAUAAAAUUAGUCCAUGGAUAUGGGAUAUGAUAUUUCCUAUGAGUUCAUUAAAAGGUUUGUGUCGUAUUGCAAUCAGAAACAGUUUGAGGACCGCUGUGAAGGAUGUUGCCAUUGAUCAACUUCCGUUGCCUACAGAAAUAAAGAAGUAUCUGCAAUUUUAUGAAUUUUACUUGCCAGAGAAAGCUUCCUCCAGUGAUUCCUAUGGCUCCAGGUCUCCUAACAAACCACCUUCUACAUAAUGUUUAUUUAGAUUUUACAACUAUAUUUGUAUCUCGCAUGGAUUAAAGAAUUGAGUGUUAAUGAAGAUAAUUUUUUGUCAAAUUACCAUACAAUUUUAUAGUCUUUAAUAUAUGUACACUAGAAUAUUGCUUGAGAUUGUGUCAUAAAAUUAGUGCCAUAUUUAGUUGUGAAUUGUAUUAAAAUGGUUGGUUUAUUGUUGAUAACUUAAUACUACGUAAACGAAAUUACUGCAAGUCAAUAUAUUACAAUAAAUAUUGUAAUUUGCUGCUA